AUGUUUCGCGCACAGCAGAACGCUUUUGACGAUGCAGUCGCCAAGGCGACAGAUGAGAACUUGACCUCCGAGAACUGGGAGUACAUUCUUGAUGUUUGUGAUAAGGUAUCGGCUGAAGAGUCGGGUGCGAAGGAUGCGGUUGCUGCUUUGAUUAAGAGACUGGCGCACCGGAAUGCCAAUGUCCAGUUGUAUACUUUGGAGCUCGCCAACUCUCUGGCGCAGAACUGUGGCCCCAAGAUCCAUCGGGAGUUGGCAUCAAGAAGUUUCACAGAUGCUCUCCUUCGACUAGCCGGUGAUCGGAACACCCACCAACAAGUAAAGGCAAAGAUCCUAGAGAGCAUGCAGGAAUGGACGCAGAUGUUCUCUAGCAACCCGGACUUUGGUAUUAUGGAGCAAGCAUACAUGAAAUUAAAGACACAAAAUCCCAACCUUCAGCCACCGUCGAAACCUGGCAAAAGCGAAAUUACCGAAAGUGAUCGCCAGAAGGAGGAAGAGGAAUUACAGAUGGCCUUGGCCCUUUCCAUACGUGAUAAAGCUACAAUCUCCGAACAACCAAAGGCCGAAUCUAGCACAGCAAACGUCGCUGCUACCCCCGCUAGCCAGCCAGCACAACCCGCACCAUCUGGACCGGUUCCUUCGGGAACAUCCGCUGCCACUGUUUCCCGCGUGAGGGCACUGUUCGACUUUCAGCCUUCGGAGCCUGGAGAACUGCAGUUCCGCAAAGGUGAUAUUAUCGCAGUGCUCGAAUCCGUGUACAAGGAUUGGUGGAAGGGCUCACUGAGAGGUCAAACUGGAAUUUUCCCCCUCAACUAUGUGGAAAAACUUCCUGACCCUACUGCCGACGAGCUGCAACGAGAGGCCCAGAUGGAAGGAGAGGUGUUUGGCCAGAUCAAGAACGUCGAGAAGCUGUUGACACUCCUGAGCACUCGUAGCUCAGAGCCCAGCGUUCAAGAUAAUGAGGAAAUCACCAACUUGUACCACUCGACUCUGGCCAUUAGGCCCAAGCUGAUCGAGCUGAUCGGGAAAUAUUCACAGAAGAAGGAUGAGUUCACCCAACUCAAUGAGAAAUUCAUCAAGGCCCGAAGAGAUUACGAAACCCUUUUGGAGGCUUCCAUGUCGCACCCUGCGCAGCCUACAUAUGGCAGACCUGGUCAGCCCCAAUUUGGAUACCCUCCUCCUCUUGGGUAUCCUGGUGCUCAGCCUGAUCAGCGGUACUUUAGUCCGCGCCCUCAAGAGAGCCAGCCCCUUCAGCCUAGUGUCGCCCCAUACGCGCAAAACCCGUACCCCCCAACCUCCCAAUCCCCCGACCCGCGCAACCGCACACCUUCCGCCGGGCCACCUUUCCAACAGCAGCAGGCGGCAGAAUCUUACCAGCCUGUGCAUCAUCGUCCUCAGUCAACAUAUGACCACCCGCAAGAACUAGGAACAUCUGUUUAUGACUCCCCUGUCGAACGCCCUGCCGCAAGUCAACGGCUUCCGUACCCGGCAGCACAAGUUCCACCAGCCGUUCACCAGCAGUUCCAGCAGCAACAACAACAACAGGAUUACUCCCCCUCUGUUUACUCACCGGAAGAUGCAGCGGGACAGUCGCAGCCUCCCUAUCCUUCAACCCCAGCCACUCAUCAAGCACCGCCAUUGCAUUCACCUCCCCCAGUUCCCGGUGCAGGAUCAGCCCCCACACCAUAUGCAUCUUUGACACCUGGUGUCCCUAGUAGCGAAUACCAGGCUUACCAGCCUCCCAGCUCCAACCCAGCUUCGUUUUACCGAUAG